CGCCCCGCCCCCGCGCGGCGCUGCGGAACCGGAGCUCCGGGCGGCGUCGGCAGAGGCGCGGGAGGUGGCGAGGCCAGGGCAGGGCGGCAGGAGCCCGCGCGGCGACCGCAGCGAGAGCAGCAGAGACAGAGCAGACCACGACGAAGGCGCACAGGCAGCCGGGCCGGGCCGGGCCACCGGGAGAGCGGCCGCCGGGAAGCGGGCGGAAGGCCGGGCUGGCAGCUGGCAGCCGCCGAGCCGCGAAGCGACAUGGUGCUGCUCAAGGAGUAUCGAGUCAUCCUGCCUGUGUCUGUAGAUGAGUAUCAAGUGGGGCAGCUGUAUUCUGUGGCUGAAGCCAGUAAAAAUGAAACUGGUGGUGGGGAAGGUGUGGAGGUCCUGGUGAAUGAGCCGUAUGAGAAGGAUGACGGCGAGAAAGGCCAGUACACACACAAGAUCUACCACUUACAGAGCAAAGUACCCACGUUUGUUCGAAUGCUGGCCCCAGAAGGAGCCCUGAAUAUACAUGAGAAAGCCUGGAAUGCCUACCCUUACUGCAGAACCGUUAUUACAAAUGAGUACAUGAAAGAAGACUUUCUGAUUAAAAUUGAAACCUGGCACAAGCCGGAUCUUGGCACCCAGGAGAAUGUGCAUAAACUGGAGCCUGAGACAUGGAAACAUGUGGAAGCUAUAUAUAUAGACAUUGCUGAUCGAAGCCAAGUACUUAGCAAGGACUACAAGGCUGAAGAAGACCCAGCAAAAUUUAAAUCUGUCAAAACAGGACGGGGACCUUUGGGCCCAAAUUGGAAGCAAGAACUUGUAAAUCAGAAAGACUGCCCAUAUAUGUGUGCAUACAAACUGGUCACUGUCAAGUUCAAGUGGUGGGGCUUGCAGAACAAAGUGGAAAACUUUAUACACAAGCAAGAGAAGCGUCUGUUUACAAACUUUCACAGGCAGCUGUUCUGUUGGCUCGAUAAAUGGGUUGAUCUGACUAUGGAUGACAUUCGGAGGAUGGAGGAAGAGACGAAGAGACAGCUGGAUGAGAUGAGACAAAAGGACCCAGUGAAAGGAAUGACAGCCGAUGACUAAUGCUACCCACCCCCUUCUGCACUUUUUGCAAGACAGUGGUCAACAGGAAGGCCCAGCAGCUCCACCCUCCUGAGUGGCAGGCCGUCUUUGGAUGCAGCCUUUCUGUGCUCAUUCUUCAGGCAACUUUCAACCCCUUACUGUAGCUAUUUCUAGAUGCCCUUUAACAUUGUGAACAAAUAGACCGUCUGGUAUUACAAA